ACACCGGUGCACAAUGAACUUUUAUGCUUUAAAACUGUUGUUCUAUACGUUUGUAGUGCAUGCUAUCGUUCCAGACAAUCCAAAUAAAAUUAAAACGAUGGUCCGAUUGCCUAAAAAUAACAGUGAGUUUAAUUUAAUAGUAGAGACAUUUCAAAAGCCUAAUAAUCUUAUAACAGUAGCAAAAACUAUUGUUCAAGGUGAAUUCGAUAUUUUCCGGAAUUUACCUACACAAUUUAUCACUUUUGAAUUAGAGUUAGUAUUAAUAUUCCGGCAAAUGGCCUACGCUUUUGAAAAAAGAAAUGAAACUGAACUCAAGGAUUUUAUAGGAACGGUUUGUACAAUGCUCCCGAGAUGUUUGGAUUUUACCUACAUUGGUGUCUUAUUAAAUUCAAUAACAAUUAUGUUGAGCGAAAUUCAUAUCAUUCUUUGUCACGAAUUACCAACGUAUUAUAAAGAAUAUGAGAAUGCGACUGCGGAUAUAGAAAAAAAACUUAUCAAUGAAAAAAUAGACAGAAUAUUAAUAUCUAUACAAUCAAUGAUUGAGAAAAAAACAAAUAUUGGUACAAACUUAUUCGAGGAAGUGCAAAAUUACGAGGAUAAAAGUAUGGGUUUUAUUUCAGUAGCUUACGUGAUCUUGGGUUAUAAUAAUAUAAUACCAUAUAUGAAUUUAAUUCACGGCUUAGAGGAGAAAGAUAUGUUUGAAAGUUAUUCGCAAACUAACAAAAUGCAAUUUAAGGUGUCUGAAAUUAGGACCGGAGACAAUGAAAUUCAACGAAAUUCUGAAAAACCAAUACAUUUUCAGGAAAUCAACAAUGAUUAUGCAAAAAAACUUCAAAAAGAAGAAUGCGGUUUAAUACAAUUUGUUGACGAUUUUUCGACAGCCGAAGCUAUGGAAAAAUUACUGUUAUUUACACUUAGUAGACUCCAACAGUAUUGUACACAUUCUAUGCUAAACGAUAUUAAAGAUGUUAAAGAUGAUAAAGAAGAAUACGAUAAUAUGGAUGAUAACGAUGAUAACGAUGAUAUAGAUGAUAGCGGUCAUAUAGAGGAACUUCAAUCAGAAACCGAAAAUAAACAAAAGACAAACUAUAUUAUAGACAUGUUAAAGGGUAUGUGUCAGAAUAUCCCUUUAAUUCUCAUGUAUUUAAAAGAAAUAACUUUAAAUAACGUUAAUAAGUUUAACGACGACUCGAUAAUGUUUAGCAUGUAUUUAACGUUCUGCAGCGACUUCAAGGGAUACACUGAUAUCCGUUGUGCUAAUCCAUUUCCCAACACCGAAGUUAAGAAGAAGGUUUUUGAGGCCAAGUUGAAUGAUUGUGUAAGCGAGUCGGUGAAAAACAUUUGGAGUUGGAAUUUAUUUAAAUCAACACAUCAGGUACCGAAAAUGACAAAUGAACAUUUUGUAAAUAAUGAACUCUGUACAAAGUUGUACUUAAAUUAUUUAACGGAUAUCUAUGAUACCAUCAAACNGUUCGAGUGGUUGAGCGGUAAAUAUUUUCUUACCGAAAAUUCUGAAAACGUAGAUAUGAACGAGUUAAAAUCAAAAGAUAUAACAAUCAGAGACGUAACCAUGAGUUUAUCAGUGGCGUAUCAUGCCAUUUUACCGUGGGGAUUGAAUACGUUCAGCGUCAUGGAAUUUCACAAGACGAUUGUAUACCAUCUAGACAGAACGAUGAAAACGUACGUUUAUCGAUACGCGCAAAUCAUAUUUAUGUACUUGAAUCGCACUAGUAGUAGCGACAGUUUUCAAGUUUUACAAAACAUACGAGAUAGUGUUCGAUGGUAUAUAGACGGGACUGAAUUAUUUUACAAAUAUCUCGAUUUACCUUUAUACACCGAUACAGACGCACAGAAUGAACCUCAACCCACUAAUCGCAUUGACUCUCUCAUUUCUAUGAUAAAAAAUAUAUACAACAACGGUAGUAUAAAUGUCGACGAAUAUAUUCCCCCGGAUGAAAAAAAAGACUUUUCGCAGUGGUCCGAGACAAAGCUUCCUGAAAUCGAUGACGGAUACGAACAAUUCAAUAUGGUUAUAAAUAGUAAUUGCAUGGACGCUAUGAAAUACAUGAGUGCUUUUUUUUCAAUCGCAAAGAAGUCUAUGGACAUAAAUUUUGAAUUCCAUUCUGCUGCAUCUAUGUACUCACAGUACUGUCCACAAAAUAUAUUUUGUGUAUCUGAAAGCGUAUUUAAAUUAGAAAUAACAGAAUAAAGAGUGUUAACGUAAUGUUUUUUAUUUUUAAGAAAAAAUUAUUUUUCAUGCGAUGAGCAUUAAUUUAUAAUCACUAUGUAUUUCGAUCCAUAUUAUUAAUAUUUAUAAUGUCAUUUUAACGUAGUUGUAAAUUAAAUUCAUCCAUAACUUCCUUUAUUGUAAUUACAAUUUUAUCAUUCUAACCAACGAUCUAAGUAUUAAUAUCUAAAUAUAUAGAUAUAAUUAUUUAUACUUUAACAGGUAAUCUCAGGUAAUAUUAUACUACGGACAAUUGUAUACGUCUAAAAAUGUUAUGAUGGUUUUUGUUUUCUUUGCUGGUUAUAAAGUUAUAAAAAAAUUGUGGUUUACCCCUUUAAUUUUAUAAAUUUACAUUUAAUAUUUCGUCUUGAUUUCUUUGUCCAUACUUGUUUAAUUAUAUUACAGUUAUCACAAGAACGACUAUGUUUGAUAAUAGGAUAAAAUAAUGCGAAUAAAAUUUAUUAAUUUUAAAGACAAAUUUGUGUUAAAUUAUUAUCGUAUAAC